UGUUGUUUUGUUAUUUGAAGAGGAAAUGGAAAUGUUCAAAAAAUUUUCACAAUUUUUUCAGUAACGUUUGCUCAUUUUUUUAAUUAGAGUUUAAAAUUUGUUGUUCUAGCCUACAGAAAUUUUAUUGUCAAAAUGUUCGGCCGCAAAAAAGAAGUGAAAGCGAAGCAGUCCAAGUCAAGGGGCUCCAGCCUUGCUCAGUAUGGCUUAUUCGAUAUUCCUGACAUCGAUAAUCUCAACUCAGACGGAGGAUGUGUUGGAGAUGAUGACGAUGAUGACGAAGCACUAGAGGCAGAACUUCUCGCACUAACUGGAGGAAGCAAACCAAAGCCUCCUGCUCGGCCACACAGAGCUGCACCUCUACCUCCUGAACAGCUAGACAAAUUGGUAGCUGAAAGUCUUAGAGAUGAAGAUUCAGGUGAUGAUGAAUCUGUCGAUGAAAAUGAUCCUGAACUUCUUGCUGAGCUUGGUGAGCUGCAAGGAGGCAGUCCAGAACUUGAACCUGAACCAGAAGAUAAAUCAGCGAUUGAAGGAGCCUUUAACCCCUUAGAAAAUAUCCUCUCAGAACGUUUAAAACUUUAUGUGCAAGCAGAAAGCAAUGCCAAAUCUGCUGGUGAUACUUCGAAAGCUAGAAGGUUCAAUCGAGGGAUCAAGACUUUGAACGAACUGUUGAGCACGAUAAAAAGAGGCGGAACGAUUGAUGAAGCUGACAUUCCUCCUCCUGUUAGUGUUAAUGUCCAAAAACCAGCGCCUCCUCCUGCUCCUGUGCAGACUCAACCCUCAGACCCGGAACCCUCUCCACCUGUAUACUCACCAAGUACACCACCACCAAUUCCUGAUCGACCAUCCAUUCAUCCAAUGGAAGAACCUGUACCGGAGGGGCCUGCUCCAAUGGAACCAACAAAAACCGGUGAAGAAUCAAAACCAUCCUGUGACCCGGAAGUACUAACAGCCCUGGUUGAAAGGCAAAAUGCGUACAAAAAAGCAGCUGUUAUGAUGAAACGCAGUGGGGAUAAUACAACCGCCUUAAAUUAUAUAAAAAUUGUUAAGCAAUUUGACUUAGUAAUCCAAGGUGCGAAAGAUGGUCAGCCAAUAGAUCUCAGUGAGAUGCCUGAUCCUCCGAACAUAGCCUCCUCCGCUUCAACUGGAAAUUCCGAGCCCUCUGUUCAGCUUAACGAGACCCAAAAAUCCAGCGAUGUAGAUGCUAAAAGCUCAGAUGCCCCGCAGAUCACUAUCACCGAGGAAACACCCGCUCCAGUGUCUGAAUCAGCCCCAUCAACACCUCUGGAAGCGCUCGAGCAACGACUUGCAGUUUACGUUAAGUCAGAAGAACAGGCCAAAGAAGAGAACAAUUCAAGCAAAGCCAGGAGAAUGGGUAGAAUUGUAAAACAGUACAAAGAUGCCAUCAAAGCUCAUAAAGCUGGCAGAUCCAUUCCAUACGAUGAACUUCCUACUCCGCCAGGCUUUCCUCCAAUCCCUGGAGCACCUCCUCCUGCUGACACUCAGGGUGACAGCAGCAAAAUCCCUGCUCCAAGAGAGCCCUCACGCAGCCCAUCGCCCAGUCCAAGGCCAUCCCCACAGCCAUCACCAGUGCCUCCCAAACGUUCCUCGGAAGAUGCUGGUCCAAGUGAGCCCAUGCCUAAGGUGAACGUACGCAAAGCUCCAGGCUCCCGGCAAGAAAAACAGCUUGCCAUUUUACUGGAACGACAAGCUCAAUUCAAACAAGCGGCAAUAGAGGCCAAGAAAAAUGGGGACUUGGAAGUUGCCAAAGAACAUUUACGGAAUAUCAAAGGAUUGCAACCGCUAAUUGAAGCUUCGAACUGUGGUCUCCCAAUUGACAUGAGCACAGUACCUCUACCACCAAACGCAAAAGAGGAAAUCGAAGCCGGUUUUGAUAUCGUUUCUGUAGCUGAGAGUUUAACAGGAUCAGAUAUUGAGAUUUUUCAAAAAUUGCAGGAAGACUUGAAAGAGCAGAUGAAAAUGUGUAUGCGAACACGUGAUCAUUACAAGGCUGUGGGUGAUGUAGGAAGUGCCAAUAAAUUUGAACAAUUAGCAUUACAUUCAAAGAAGGACUUGGAUGUGGUGCGAGCCUGUGAGAAGCGUGAUACUCUACCUAAAUUUCAUUAUGAAAAUAGGACAUUUACAAUACUACAGUGUAAUACUGAUCUAAUGGAUAAUGAUUUAGAAGUAACUAUUGUUCAAGGAACUAAUUUUAAUGUAGCAAAACCUAAAGAUGUAGAUACUUAUGUGAAGUUAGAAUUUCCAUGGCCAACAGAAGAACCAGUAAGGAAAAAAACUGCUGUGAUUUACGAUACCAAUAGUCCUAAGUAUGAUGCUGUGUUUACAUUUCCUAUUCAGAGGAAUGUCCGUGCUUGCCAGCGAGUUUUCAAAAGGCAUGCCCUUAAAUGUGAAGUUUAUUCUCGAGGCUGUGAGUGGUUUUCAUGUUGCAGGAGUUUUCUUUUUGGGCUCGCUGGAACGGACACACUCAUUGGAACAGCUAUGGUCAAACUUCAACCAUUGGAAGAUAAAUGCACUCUUCAUGAAGCAUAUGAUUUAAUGAAUGGACGGAAAACUGUUGGCGGUAAAUUAGAAGUUAAAAUUCGCAUACGCAACCCGAUUGUGAAUAAGCAUCUGGAGCAAGUACAAGAAAAAUGGCUUGUGAUACAUGAAUAAUGUUAAAAGAUGUACAUUUCCUGACAUCCAUUUCCUCAGGAAUUUAAGGACAGCAAAUAACUAUUUUGCAUUUAUGAAGUAGGUAUUUGUUGUUCCAUUUUCCUCUUUCACUCUCUCUCAACUAUUUUCACAUUUUCAGAGUUAUUUAUCAUGCAGAAUGUAACACAAUGACCUUUAAGUAGUUUUCCUGGAAAAAAAAUCUCCAUGCUCAAGGAAGGUGAACUUUUUAGAAGCUCAAAGCUGUUGGCUUAUUUCUGUUUGAAAAAUGUUAGUUACCCAAGUGAUAUACUUUCACCCGGUUUUUAGAGAAUAACUCUGAAAAGUAGCAGUCAGUCUCUGAAAGAUAUGUCUUCAAAUUUUUUAUUCAUUUCUAUUUUUGCACCAUAAAAUUAUGUCCAAAUAGAAUCAACUUCAGUAUGAAAAAGGAUCGAGAGGAGCCAAAAGUUUUAUUUUUUGACAAUUAUUUGCGCUAAAUUCUACUUAAGCUUAAGUUUGUUUCCAUUUUGUAGUGUGUAAUCGUGCAACCGGCUUAUUAUUACCAUUAGUAAUGUAUCAUUUGCUUAAUCGAGUUUCUCUACCUCCAAUCAAUUUCUUUUUUUAACUUUAAAGUUCUAUUUCGCACUUGAAUUUUGUGAGCUGGGCUGUGUACUUCCUUUGCAUGUGACAUAUACGAUCUUUCUUUUUAUCUUCUCCAAAAAUUUCUAAAUAUUUGCUGCGUCUCAUAUGGCUGGUCGCCACUUUUUAUUAUUUUUUGGUUGGUUAUGAAAUGAGGGUAUAUCAUUGAAUCAUUGUAGUGUUUGAGGUAUGAUUAUAUGAUGGGAAGAAAUAAGUUUGUCUUUAUUUUUAGAACUGCCAUCAGAUAAUUUACUAACAAUGUAUUUUCCCAAAAUCAAUCAAUUGUGGUCCUGCUUUUUUGUGAGUUCUUCAAUGAGACCGGUUUAGAAGCAAUGUGGGAGACGCUCUCAGCUUCAGAAAUGAAUGAAAUAGGCCUUCUUGACUGUAUUAAUGUUUUUUACUAUUAUUAAUUUCACAUGCAGUACUUUUUAUAGGAACAAAAAGGAUCUGCAUUUUAACAAUUUCAGCUUUUUUGCCAGUAAAGUGAAUGCAUCCUCAAAAAUGUGGAAAGUCAGAGAUGAACCCUGUGUAAUUACGGUAUCUCAAUUGUUUUCCUGUUAAAUUUUCCCAGCCUAUUGAAAGCAUUUCUCUCACUCGUGUAAUAAUACUGACAAUGAAUUGAAGAGUUCAACUUUAACUUUAAAACUUAACAAUCACCUAAACUAUGUUACCUUUUGGUAUUUGAGAAAAGUUUAAAGUUAUUUAAAACUCUCAGAAAAACAAGUUUCUGCUCUUCUCCUGUUUUUACUAUAAUUUUCAACUCA